AUGCCGAGUGCGCCGACCGCUCCCUCGACACCAUACUCGCCAUGGAGCACAGGAUCGAUGCCACCAAAAGUUGAUGUAGCCUUGAUGGGGCUGGAGUCGGGAUUGACGGCUGUUCUGGGAGGACAGCCGCCAGAGGAGCUUGUUGUCGCAAGGAAGGAGAGGGACGUGUUGGUGGUGAGGGUACAGAAGGCGUACUACAAGAGGGAGGAGGUUGGUGUUCUCCAAUGGGAGUUGACGAAGGCGGAGAUGAGAGUGAAGACUUUGGAGCAGAGGUGGCUGUUGGCAGUCUUGAGCGGAGUGGAGGCUAUGGUGGGGAACAUCAGGGCGGGGAUGGCACCACAUGUACAGGAGCAGAGCGAGGAGGAUGAUGAGUGUGCGGUGGAGAGCGAGGAUGAGGACGAGAUCCUUGAGGUGUUCCAACACACAGUGAUUGAGCCUGAGGUCCAGUCACCGGAAAUCCCGGCGCACCUGGAGCGAAGGUUCAUUUGGAUUCGUUCCGCUUCAAGCUUCGACUCUGACUCUGACUCUGACGCCGGAUACGACUCGGAUUCCGAGUAUGAGGAUGAUGGCUACGACUCUGACCGUCUCUCUGUUCCCGCGCUUCUUCACAGCCGCUCUGCAUCUUCGUCGGAAGCCUCGUCGUCGCCCAUCAUUCCUGGUGUUAACGACUGGGCGCCAUUCAGUGCUCCGGUUGACGGCAGCGAGGAGAAGAAGACGGCCGGUGCGUUGAUCUUGAGAAUUGCCGGGGUCGAGAUGGAAAUGAUAUAG